UGUUGCAAUGGGUACUGCAGAUCAAGCACUUUCCUUUAGUACACAGAUUGUAAAUUUUGAGGCUCAAUAUGAUGAUAUCGACGCGUUUAAGUUCUUUGUUAUUGUGAAUGCUAUAGCUUGUGGAUAUCUUGCACUUUCUAUCCCUAUAUCCAUCUUUCACAUUAUUAGAAAAAGAGCAGGAAAGAGUAGAGUUUUGCUCAUCUUUCUAGACGCGAUAAUGCUGGUUUUUAUCACAUCUGGAGCAUCUGCAGCAGCCGCGAUUGUGUAUUUAGCACAUAAUGGGAAUACUUCAACUAACUGGUUUUCGAUAUGUCAACAGUAUACAGAUUUCUGCCAGCGUUCUGCAGGAUCACUCAUUGGCUCUUUUGGUGCAAUGGCAUUGCUGGUUCUCCUUAUUAUUUUGUCCGCUAUCGCGUUAUCCAGGGGCUAAAGUGUUAAAAAAACUGGCUAUACUUGCAAUUGCUAGCCUUUGUGUUUCUGUUUGUGUGUAUUGUGUUUUGCAUUUUCAUUAGUUGCUUUUCAUUGUAUUUUUCACAACAUGAAACUUGUAUCAAGAUUGUCAUUUAUCCACAUGAAUAUUCAAAAAUGAAAAGAUUUUCUGUUUU